AUUUGCAUAAAAGCCAUGUAAGACAUUUGAAACAGUAUGAAAAAUGAUCAGAGGUGGACAGUAAGUACAUUUACUUGAUUGCUGUACCUAAGUACACUUUCUGAGUAUAUGUAGUUUGCUUGAGUAUUUUUUUUCCUGGAAACUUGGGACUUUAACUUCACUAUGAUUGAAAGAGAAAUAUCUUACUUGUUAUACCACUACAUUUUUAUCAAAGUCCUCCAAGUAGAAAGUCGUUACUACAGCAGCUUUGCAAGUCAGUGGGUGAUUUGUUUCUUCUCUAAAAGUUUUUUUAGACAGCCUUUAAGUAAUCACUUUUGUAGGGUUACGUGAUUUCCUUGAAUUUUUUGAACACUGACUAGUUGCUCCCACCCCCACAGAAGCAACUAGGCAGUGUGCAAUGCUAGGAAAUCACUUCACGUAACCCCACAAAAGUGAUUAUUUAUAGGAUGUUAAAUAUAUCUUUUAAAUAUAUAGAUUUUUUUUGGUCAGCUCACUUUUUGGUUUAUAUAGGUUUUUAACAUUCUAAAAGCUCUUCAUUUCAAAGAUACUGCAAGCUAGUCUGUGUAUUCAAUUGAUGUAAUCUAUUGUACAUUGAUUCAGAGGCAUAAGGUAUUGCAAGUAUUAACAAUAAUAAAACAGUGCAUUGACAUAAAAAUGACAUUUAAUUUAUUACUUAAGUACUUUUAAAAGCAAGUAUUUCUGUACUUUUACUGAAGUAAAAAUCUGUCUUUACAACCUUCACUUUUAAUGGAGUAAUCUUUGUCCAGUAUCUGUAUUUUCACUCAAGUAAUAGAGUUGUGUACUAUUGAACCUUUGAAAAUUAUUACCCAACAGCCAUAUUAAGCUGGUAGCUUGUAAAUAUGUUUACACAUGCUCUGAGACUGGAUGGUGCCCUAAAAUUUCUGUUCCUGUUAAAACAGACAAUUUUGAAAGUUUCAAUCAGGCUAUUGAGUUUUACUUCCUCCUGUGACUCACAUAGCAUGUUUGAUUUCUUUUUGUUUUCGCCUAUUAUGACAACUGGCAACCUGCAGUUUGCAUACAGUAGAGUAUCAGACACAAUAAUGGUGGGCAGGAUGCGACUCUUGGGAACGGAGGAGUCUAUAACUAUUUUUAUAUUAAUUUUGGCACAAGGCUUUCACUACUCCAGGACAUGUGUUUGUGACCAGCAAUUUUUCUGCAAUUGUUCAUCAAAUCAUCUCCAACAGGUCCCAAAAGUUCCAGCGAAUGCCCUUGGCCUUGACCUGUCUUUCAAUCAAAUUAAAUCUAUACACAUGAAUGAUCUCAGCCCAUACAGUGAGCUGAAAACUCUAAACUUGCAUAAGAACAAGCUCAAGUUUAUUCACAAAGAUGCUUUUAAAUCUCAACAUAAGCUGGAAGUUCUUGAUCUGUCUUUAAACAUCCUGAAAAAUCUGUCUUCUUCUUGGUUCCACGAGCUAAACUCUCUUCAACAACUGAAUCUGGCAGGAAACCCAUAUACCACCUUGGGACCUGCUCCAAUCUUCCAGUCUCUCCUUAACCUAAGGACACUGCGAGUUGGUAGUCCUUCACUGAGGGAGGUAUACAAAAAUGGCUUAGAUGGGCUCACUCAUCUGGACGAGAUGACGUUCAUUGCCAGUAAUCUGAAGUCGUAUGAGAAUGGGAGUUUAAAGGCAGCCCGUCCCAUUGGUUUAGUCUCUUUAAACCUUCAGAAUCUAUUUCAGAAUGAUCCAGAAUUAGUCUCUGAGGUUCUUCAAGAUGUCUCCCACCCUGAAACUCUGCUGAUAAUCAAUGAUGCUGUACUCAAAACAAACAUUUCGACAGAACCCUUUAAAGCGGCAAGAGAAGGUGGAACUAAAAACUUGAGUUUCCAAAAUAGCACCACAACUGAUGAAGCAAUGACCUCUUUAUUAAUGGUCAUGGAUGGUUCUUCUUUGUCAUAUAUUGGUCUUGAAAAUGUGCAUUUGAUUGGCCAAGGGUGGUGGCAAAAAGCUUCGUAUACACAUUAUGAAAACUUGCAUACAGCCUACAUACGUAAUCUCGAGAUCCAAGGUUUUUUUAAGUUUAGUAGCAUGAUGCAGUUAGGAUUUCUACUGGUGCAUCUCCAUAAGGUGUCCGUUAUUAAUGGCACAGUGUUUGUUAUUCCACGGCAAACUACCCCACUGUUAAAAAAUCUUGAAUAUUUGGACCUUAGCCAGAAUCUCCUUUCAGACCUGACAAUUGAACCUACCUUAUAUACAGAUUAUGGUGCAUAUCAAAACCUCAACACUCUUAAUGUGAGCCAGAACAUUUUAAAAUCUCUUGGACUGAUGUCUCGAUUGGCCACUAAGCUUAAGAGUCUCACAUAUUUAGAUUUAAGUCAUAAUAGUUUUGUUUCUAUGCCAGAAAGCUGUAGCUGGCCAGCGACUCUCAGGUUUCUGAAUCUUUCCAGCACAAAGCUACGAAAGAUGACCCCUUGCCUGCCUUCUAGCUUGACGGCCCUGGAUCUCAGUGAAAAUGAUCUGAUGGUAUUCAACCAAAGAUUUCCCCAACUUACUAUGCUUAUACUGACAGGCAACCGAUUUAUGAAACUGCCACAUGGGGAAUUAUUUCCAAGGCUGCAGAACCUGCUUAUCCAAAGGAACGCCUUGCGAAUGUUUAAUGGCAGUGAUUUGAGGAGAUUUAAAUCCUUAAAAUAUUUAGAAGCGAGUAACAAUAAUUUUGUAUGCUCCUGUGAGUUUGUAUCUUUCUUCAGACAUGAUGUUAACCAUUUCAUCACGAUAAGGGAUGGUCUUCACAAUUAUGUGUGUGACACUCCAUUCACUCUCAGAGGUGAUGCUGUUGACAGUGUCAGUUUGUCAGUUUUCGAGUGUUACAUGAUCCCUGCUGUCUUAGUGCUUUGUUCAUUGAUCAUAAUAGUCCUUGGACUAAUUGUUGUCACCUGCUAUAAGUUUCACAUUAUAUGGUACCUGCAGAUGACCAAAGCAUGGAUUCAAGCGAAACGAAAACCUGCAGUUGGUCGACUGGCCGAAGAGCUCCGCUACGACGCUUUUGUAUCCUACAGUCAACAUGAUGCUGAGUGGGUCGAGGAGAUCCUUGUUCCAGAGCUGGAGAGCGCUCAUCCUCCAUUUGCCUUGUGUUUGCACAAACGGGACUUCCAGCCGGGCCGCUGGAUCGUGGACAACAUCAUCGACUCGAUUGAAAAAAGCCAUCGGACUCUUUUUGUUCUGUCUGAGCACUUUGUUACCAGCGAAUGGUGCCGCUAUGAGCUGGACUUCUCACAUUUCCGCAUAGUCGAUGAACACAAUGACUCUGCCGUCCUGGUUCUCCUUGAGCCAAUCGAGAAGGAGACCAUUCCCAAACGUUUCUGCAAGCUACGGAAGAUUAUGAACUCCAGGACGUAUCUGGAGUGGCCCGAAGACGAGGAAAAGAGAAGAGAGUUCUGGAGCAACCUGAAAGCUGCCCUACAAAAAGAUGAAUGAUGAAGCAAGACUAGCCCAAAUAUCAAAACUCAAUGUCUUUAUGAUGCAUUUUCUGAUUUUCUUUUAUUUGUAGGCCUACUGUACAGUGUUAUCAUUAACUUAAAAACAAAACUAAAUAUGUUCAUUAAAAUAAAGCUGAAACUUAAAAGUACAAUUUGUAAGAUAUUUGCAAUAAAAUAUCCAAAAACCA